UCUCAGUCAAUUAUUCGAAUCUCAAGGACGUUACUUCUCUCCUGCGACCCUUGCAGACUACGGGAAACAGAUGUUGGAUGGCAUUCAACAGAUGCACGAACGGCAGCUCUUGUUCAUCGAUGUGAAGCCCGAGAACUUCAUGCUCGGCUUGCCCGGCACGCGUGCGUCGAAGCGGGUCUUCCUCGUGGAUUUGGGUCUGGUGGAAAAAUACACCGGAAGCAACGGAGUCCAUAAACCACAGGAG